GUUACUGAUGACUUUAACAGAAUACUUUGCUCAACCAAACGCAUCCAGUACAUCUCUCCUCUCUGUCGACUCUACACCAUCAUCUGCGCCUCGUUCUCCAGCGAUGCCCGUUCCCGCAGCACCGAAGCGCGCAGCGCCACCACGCCGCAAGGCACCCAAGUCACCGUCGCCCGCACCUCCCCCGCCAGCUGCGGAGCAGGUUUUCGAGGAUGCUGCCGAAGUCUCGCAGAGUCCUGCACCAGGCACACCACAGCUCACGAGCGAUGACGGGUCGAAGGAGCUUCAGGAAGCGGUGCGCAAGAGUAAGGAGGACGAGGGCGCACUCGGCCUAGAGCCUGUCCAGAAGAGGAAGAGCGUUCACGAGCCGCCGAAAGCUAAGGAAGAGCCUGUCCAUGAGGAGCAGCAGCCGACACGCGAGGUGCAAGACAAUAUCGACGAGCUUGCGCUGGACAAUGAACGCGAGCGCGGACAGAACGAAGAGUCAAAGCAGGCGCCUAACACUGCGCAUGCCGAGGAGCACGUCGAAGAAGCCCAGGGACCCGCCCCGACCGAUGAGUCUCCACUUAUCGAGGAGCGAAGAGCUGUCGAGGAGCUCGAAUUCACCGGGGAACAACCUGCUCAGGCUGAAGAAGAGGAAGACGAGGACGCACGCCGCAAGCGCAUUGCGGAACGCCUCCGCCAGCAGGGUGGGUUUAACCCAUUCGCGGCGCCGCCAACGCCAAGUCGCAAGACUACUGUGGAUAUACCGAAGAGCCCUGAGAAGGACCUCGCCUUUGAUGAGGUGGACGUAGAGGCGAAAGAUAUUGAUGCGCCUCCGCCCGCCCUGCCUGAGGCGACUAAUAUAGCACGCCGCGAGAGUCUUGACCUCUCUGCGCCCUCAGCGACGAGUUUGGCAAGCCCACCGGUGCCGCCCAUUGCAACGCGCCCCGUGCCGGAGAGGAAGGCUAGCGUGCCUACUGUGCCUGAAGAGCAACGUGGAUACGCGGGUGAAAGCGAGAGCAAUUACGAGGAUGAAGAGGAUGAUGGUAAAUAGCUUCUUUAUUUAGCUGCAGAUGAGAAUAUGUAGGAUUGAUGGAUUCUGACUUUUGUAGAUGCCAGGAUUGUGGCGAAUGAAAUCGAAGCUGUACACGUAUACGAGGGUGAGAGGGGCGCAGACUUGGCGUACCACAACGAUGAAGAAGAACAGAGUGACGAAUCGGUGUAUGAUGAACCUCAGACAUUUGAACAGGAACGAGAAGAGCAAUUCAUGCACCCACCAAGUAGAAAGGCGACGCGCGAACCGAAGAUCGAGGAAGAGAUAGAAGUGCCGCCGCCACCGCCACCUCCUAGGAGAGUUUCUGUACCUCCACCAUCUCACGUCGUCCCGGCUCCACCUCUAUCGCAGGAUAAACGCGAGAAAGCCGCAUCCGAACCUGAAGCGUUUGAUCAAGAAGAAGAGCAACCUACACCCCCGCCACGGCCGCCCCGCAGGACUAUGUCAGUUAAGUCCACGGCUAGCACGGCUCUGGCUGAGCCAGAGAACUUUAUCCCUGCUCCGCCCGCUGUGCACAGUGCAGCUGCUGAACCUGGGGAGGUUGAAGCGGACGUUGGAUACAAAUCGCCAGUCCGUCCGGUUAGAAGAUCGCUUCCCCCGCCGCCGCCACCUAUCGAGCAAGCCGAGGAAGAGGUACAUGAGCGAGUAACAUUGCCAAUGUCGCCCAGUGUGCAUCCUGCGAGAAGGUCACUCCCUCCUCCUCCUCCUCCGCCCAUCGAAGCGGUAGGAGAACAUACUACGGUUUUACCGCCACCAACAGUCCCUCUACGUCCUGUUACGCCGCCGCGACCGAUGUAUGAAGAGUCCCAAGACGAUAACUACGACGACGAGGCAAGCGAGUAUUCAGGGGCUGUAGACGAGCAUCAAGAAGUAGAGCUAAUUUCGCCGCCGCCUCCACCACGCCGUCAAUCUGUACCAGUACCUCAGCGCAAAGCAACGAUACCCGUAUCUCCGUCGAGUGGACAGUCGCACUACCCGAGCUUGGCCAUUCCGAAGCGUAGCGAUACCGAAGUUCUGGACGAUUCUGAUGGCGGUAAGUUGCACAAGCUUGCUUG